AGGAAUUAGAAAGGAUGAACAACUGUCACAAAGCCAGAGGGUUUGGUUUAUUAUAAGAAAGAGGCCAAGGCUUUGGGUUUUCUGACACUGAUUACAACAUCUUUGUUUCUCAACCAACACCGAAUCUCCACUCCAAGAUCGAGACAAGUUGCUGCAGUACUGAGUAGCAAAGAAAAUGAUGGCUACUUGCAAGGAAGGUAUACAAUGGAGUGGAAAUAAAAUGGAAGUUGACAAGGGUUUGAAAACUUUAGAGUGUUUAAGAGGAAGAUUGCUUGCAGAAAGACAGGCUUCGAGAUCAGCCAAAGAAGAGGCCGAGCUUAUGGGGGAAAAGUUGUUGAAGUUGGAGAAUCAGAUUAAAAAGGAAACAGAGCUAAGAAACAAAGCUGAGAAGAGGCUUAAACUCUUGAUAAAGAAGCUUGAAUCCCUCAACAAUGCUUCAACAUCAGUAACCUCAACUGCAUCAGAAAUUUCCACAAAUUCCUCACCAGAAAGCCAAGAAUCAAAAUCAGAGAAACUCGUUUCAACGAUUCCGAAAAAUCAAUGCCAGAAAAUUCUUAAUAUUACCACAUCCAAACCGCACGAUGAGAAGAAACCGAAUCGAAAUGCCCCAUAUCGACUCAAUUCAAGCCCCAACUCCGAAUCUCCGAACAAUUCCUAUAUCGAUCCGCAACAUACCUCUGAAAUCCCUCACACAAAAGAUCAAAGUUUUUCAGUAGAAGUAAAGGAGAGAGAACAUUACAUAGAUAACUUGGCAGAAUCAGUACCCGGAGCAGCGCCGGUGGCGAAUUCAGAGACCGGAGCGAUGAAGAUGAAGGAAAUCCAUGAGAGGGCAACAGAAGUUCAUGAUGCUCUGAAGCACAUAAGAGGAAAUGUCCAAAGCUCAUUUGAGAGAAGAAAUCACAUGAAAGCCAUAUUGAGUAUGUAAAUUAAAUUAUUCUAUUUUAACUUUUUUUUUUCAAAAAAAUAAAAAUAAAAGAAAUGAAGAGAUUAAUUUUUCAAGCAGUGACAUUAUAUUAUAUAUAAAUAUAUAAUAAUUUGAAUGUUUAGGGUAAGAUUUUUCUUUUUCUUUUUUUUUUUCUUCAUUUAAUAAAAGGAGGCCUCAAGAAUGGGACAAAUGGUCUUAAGGUAAAAGAUAAAGAAUAGCUUUGUACUUUGUUUUCUUUUUUAUAUAAUUAUUUUGGGAGUA